AUGAUAUGUGAUCUCCUGGAUACAAUCAGACACACACACAAGUACCAGGCACUCAGCACAGCCCAGCAAAAUGUCUUUCCUGAAGUGGUGCUCAUCACAGCCUCCAGAUCCUUGACGAUGUUGCCAUGCUUCCCUUCCUGCCUCCUGCCUUUUGCUGCCUUUGCCUGCCUGCUUUUCCUGCCUGGGGCUCAUCUCUGCCCUGCUGUUUGUAGCUGUAUGGACUACCACACCAUAGACUGCCGGGAUCAAGGGCUCCCGAGUGUUCCCAAUCCCUUCCCGUUGGAUGUACGGAAACUUCUGAUAGCUGAUAACAACAUUCAGGCAAUACCAGCUGAUUUCUUUAUAUUUUAUGGAGAUCUGGUCUAUUUGGACUUCAGGAAUAACUCCCUCACCUCUUUAGAAGAGGGCACUUUUAGCAGUUCUACCAAACUGGUGUAUUUAGACUUGAGCUACAAUAAUUUAACACAGCUCGAUGCUGGGAUAUUCAGAUCAGCAGAGAAACUGAUAAAACUGAGCCUUGGAAACAACAACCUGGUGGAUGUGGACGAGGCUGCUUUUGAGAACCUGGACCAGCUCCAAGUGUUAGAAUUGAAUGACAAUAACUUGCAGAGCCUGAACGUGGCAGCCCUGGAAGCUCUGCCCUCGCUGAGGACCAUCCGCUUGGAGGGCAACCCCUGGGUGUGCGACUGUGACUUUGCCAACCUCUUCAGCUGGAUCCAGGACAAUGCAUCCAAGCUGCAGAAAGGUCUCCAUGAAAUCCAGUGCUCCCUGCCCGUGGAGAACAGGAGGAUCUUCCUGAAUGAGUUAUCUGAGGUCAGCUUCAGCGAAUGCAAAUUCAGUUUGUCAUUGACAGACCUGUUCAUCAUCAUCUUCUCUGGAGUGGCUGUGUCCAUUGCUGCCAUUCUCUCCAGCUUCUUCCUGGCCACCCUGGUGCACUGCUUCCAAAGGUGUGCUCCCAGCAAGGAUGAUGAUGAAGAUGAAGAUGACUCUGAGGACUGAACUCAGUCAAAAUCCUUAAUUUCCCUUGGGUUAUCAGUUACCAGAUCAUCAGCCAAAGUCUAUGAGGGGGAAAAAAAAAGUAGAGUGAAAGCUUUAAACAUGACUUAAACUCCCAAUGUGUCAGGAUCUCUUCUGCU